AUGAGCCGCGCCGCGCUGGCGCUGGCGCUCUCGGCCCUCCUCGCCGCCGCCGCGCUGCCCGCCGCCGCCGCCGCCGCCGCCCCCGCGGACUGCGCCUCGAAGGUCGCCAACGCGGUCUCCCUCUGCAAGGGCGAGCUGCAGUCCAUCCUUUGGCGCGCCCAGUCCGGCCUCAAGGCCGACAUUACCGCACUCAGCCCCACCCCCCAGUGCUGCGGCGCCGCGUCGGCCGCGUUCGACCCCGCAUUCGUCUCCGCCUGCGGCUGCGACGCCGGCGUGAUCAAGCAGACGGUCGCCGUCGACGCGGCGCUCCUCGAGACCCUGCGUGGCGCGGUCGCCGCCAAGUGCGGCGCCGCGUCCCUCGCACCGUUCCCUGUCUGCGGCCCGGCCGCCAUCCUCGCCGCGCUGCCUUCGGCGGAGGCGUACGCCGCCGCGGCCUCGGCCGCCGCCGCAGUGACGCCGCAGGCGAAGGCGCCGGUGACGCGCCGCCCGACCGCGGCGCGCAUCGUGAAUGGCGUCGUAAUCAAGGCGGGCCCCGGCGCGUACUGCACGUACACGGCCAAGUGCAAGACGUUCCGCUUCAAGCCGACCACCAAAAACGCGACCCUCGAGAAGACGCUCACCGCGUGGCGCGCCAAGGCGGCGGCGGGAUUCUGCACGAAGACGGCGUCCCCUAUUGGCACUGACGAUUCCGAGCUCGGGAUCGUGGUCUGCGGGAACAAUGGGGUGGACAACUUUUUCGUGGAGAAGCAGACGGUCGUCGUCAGCCGCCGCAACAACGUGACGCGAGAGGACCUGCUGUAUAAGCUGUGCCAGCCGAAGGGCAGCGUGUACAGCGACGCGCGCGCCAAGUGGUUUGACAACCUCAACAUGUGCUCCAAGUCGGCCCUCUCCUGCUUCCCCGGCGCCGCGGCCGUCCGGCUGCCCGGCGGCGCCGCCAAGGCGAUGCGUGAUCUGGAGGUUGGGGACAAGGUGAUGGUCGUCAAGGAGGACGGCAGCACGGCCUUUGAUGACGUCAUCUUCUUCGACCACCAGGUCGGCGGCGGGGACAACCACUUUGUGCGCCUCGAACUGGCCGGCGGCCGCGCGCUGGAGCUGUCGCCCGGACACUUUGUCCCCGUCGGCCAGUCCCUCGCCGCCGCCAGGAUGACGCGCGCCCGCGACGUCGCCGCCGGCGACAGCCUGCUCGUGCUCUCCGCCGACGCGAAAACCGCGGUUCCGGCGGCCGUCGAACGCGUGUCUGAGGUGUCGCGGGAGGGCAUGUUCGCGCCCGUCACGAACGCCGGGACGGUCGUCGUCGACGGCGUGCUCGCGAGCAGCUACUCCGAUUGGGUGCUGGACCCGAUCUUUGACGCCGCCGGCAUGACGCACAAGCUGCACUCUGCGAUGCACGCUGUGCACGCGCCGCUGCGCUGGGGCUACGCGGCGCUCGGCCCGCGCGUGCUGCGCGCGCUGAGCCCUCUGAUCUCGGGCGUGGCGAUGCUCGACACCGCCCAGAUCGCCGCGGGCCUCGGCCUGGCCGUGUCGGCCUGA